GCGCCUCAUUCCAAACCCUAACAAAACCCUCAUUCCACGACACCCACAUUCACCUCGACGACCCAAACGCUCCCACAUUCCAAGACAUUGCAAUUUCUCUGAAACCCGACAAUGGAGCUCAAUGGAUCGAUGACUCUUCUCUUCUGGACCAAAAUCAGAGCAGUGUUGUCGAUACCGUCGAAGGACGUACAGAUGGCUCAUCUUGCCCCGAAAAGUGUCAAAUGAAAGAGGACACCAGAACUGUGAGUGGGAUCGUCAAUGGAGUACAUUCUUCUUUGCUUCCGUCCAUUGAUGAGAAUCUGACCGAUGAUGAUUUUGUUAAGUUAUCUAAUGGUUUGGAUGAGAAUCAACUGACGGAUAUAGAUGGUUCCAAAUUGGGUAUCUCUGUUGGUGGGGAGAAUCAGAUUAUUGAGUCAAACUCUUCAAUCUUGGAAGUCACGUUACCUAAUAGUGUAAAUGAUGCUAUGUCCGCUGAAGUUCUUGUGGUGGAAGAAGCUCAGACUUCUCUACAAUUUGAAGAACGAAACAUGAAUGGUGAUGUUUCUAAGUUGGGUGAUUGUGUGAAUAAAGAGGAGAAUCCGACUGUGGGUGCUCGCCUUCAAAUGGAUCGAAAGGAAGAGAGUUGUUUGCCUGAUGAGAAUCGGAUAUUGGGCAGAUGCAGUACAGAAGGAAGUGCUUCAGUGCCUGUAGAGGCAGAUGGGGAGGUCUUGAAAACUAUGGUACCAAACGAUUUACAUGAUGAUAUUGUGAUUGAAGUUCCUGCAGUGGAAGCUCAGGUUUCUCUGCUAUGUGAAGAACAGAACAUGGAUGCUGUUGUUUCUGAGUUGGGUGAUUGUGUAAAUGAAGAGGAGAAUCAGAUGACGGGUGCUCACCUUCAAACGGAUCGAAAGGAAGAGAGUUUUCCGCCUGUUGAGAAUCGGAUAUUGGGUGGAUGUGUUAUGGAAGGAGGUGCUUCUGUGCCUGUAGAGGCAGAUGGGAAGGUCUUGGAAUCUACAGUACAAAAUGAUUUACAUGAUAAUAUUGCGAUUGAAGUUCCUGCAGUGGAAGCUCAGGUUUCUCUGCUAUGUGCAGAACAGAACAUGGAUGCUGAUGUUUCUGAGUUGGGUGAUUGUGUGAAUGAAGAGGAGAAUCAGACAACGGGUGCUCACCUUCAAACGGAUCAAAAGGAAGAGAGUUUUCUGCCUGUUGAGAAUCGGAUAUUGGGUGGAUGUGUUAUGGAAGGAGGUGCUUCUGUGCCUGUAGAGGCAGAUGGGAAGGUCUUGGAAGCUACAUUACAAAAUGAUUUACAUGAUGAUAUUGCGAUUGAAGUUCCUGCAGUGGAAGCUCAGGUUUCUCUGCUAUGUGAAGAACAGAACAUGGAUGCUGAUGUUUCUGAGUUGGGUGAUUGUGUGAAUGAAGAGGAGAAUCAGACGAUGGGUGCUCGCCUUCAAACGGAUCGAAAGGAAGAGAGUCGUUCACCUGAUGAGAAUUGGAUAUUGGGUGGAUGUGUUACGGAAGGAGGUGCUUCUGUGCCUGUAGAGGCAGAUGGGAAGGUCUUGGAAGCUACAGUACCAAAUGAUUUACAUGAUGAUAUAGCCAUUGAAGUUCCUGCAGUGGAAGCUCAGGUUUCUCUGCUAUGCGAAGAACAGAACACGGAUUCUGAUGUUUUUGAGUUGGGUGAUUGUGUAAAUGAAGAGGAGAAUCAGACGAUGGGUGCUUGCCUUCAAACGGAUCGAAAGGAAGAGAGUUGUUCACCUGAUGAGAAUCGGAUAUUGGGUAUAUGUGUUACGGAGGGAGGUGCUUCUAUGCCUGUAGAGGCAGAUGGGAAGGUCUUGGAAGCUACGGUACCAAAUGAUUUACAUGAUGAUAUGGCCAUUGAAGUUCCUGCAGUGGAAGCUCAGGUUUCUCUGCUAUGCGAAGAACAGAACAUGGAUGCUGAUGUUUCUGAGUUGGGUGAUUGUGUAAAUGAAGAGGAGAAUCAGACAAUGGGUGCUUGCCUUCAAAUGGAUCGAAAUGAAGAGAGUUGUUUGCCUAAUGAGAAUCGGAUAUUGGGUGGAUGUGUUACGGAAGGAGGUGCUUCUGUGCAUGCAGAGGCAGAUGGGAAGGUCUUGGAAGCUACGGUACCAAAUGAUUUACAUGAUGAUAUGGCCAUUGAAGUUCCUUCAGUGGAAUCUCAGGUUUCUCUGCUAUGUGAAGAACAAAACACGGAUGCUGAUGUUUCUGAGUUGGGUGAUUGUGUAAAUGAAGAGGAGAAUCAGACGAUGGGUGCUUGCCUUCAAACGGAUCGAAAGGAAUACAGUUGUUCACCUGAUGAGAAUCGGAUAUUGGGUAUAUGUGUUACGGAGGGAGGUGCUUCUGUGCCUGUAGAGGCAGAUGGGAAGGUCUUGGAAGCUACUGUACCAAAUGAUUUACAUGAUGAUAUGGCCAUUGAAGUUCCUGCAGUGGAAGCUCAGGUUUCUCUGCUAUGCGAAGAACAGAACACGGAUGCUGAUGUUUCUGAGUUGGGUGAUUGUGUAAAUGAAGAGGAGAAUCAGACGAUGGGUGCUCGCCUUCAAAUGGAUCGAAAUGAAGAGAGUUGUUUGCCUGAUGAGAAUCGGAUAUUGGGUGGAUGUGUUACGGAAGGAGGUGCUUCUGUGCAUGUAGAGGCAGUUGGGAAGGUCUUGGAAGCUACGGUACCAAAUGAUUUACAUGAUGAUAUGGCCAUUGAAGUUCCUGUAGUGGAAUCUCAAGUUUCUCUGCUAUGCGAAGAACAGAACACUGAUGCUGAUGUUUCUGAGUUGAGUGAUUGUGUAAAUGAAGAGGAGAAUCAGAUGAUGGGUGCUCGCCUUCAAACGGAUCGAAAUGAAGAGAGUUGUUUGCCUGAUGAGAAUCGGAUAUUGGGUGGAUGUGUCAUGGAAGGAGGUGCUUUUGUGCAUGUAGAGGCAGAUGGGAAGGUCUUGGAAGCUACUGUACGAAACAAUUUACAUGAUGAUAUGGCGAUUGGAGUUCCUGCAGCGGAAGAUCAAGUUUCUCUGCUAUGUGAAGAACGGAACACGGAUGCUGAUGUUUCUGAGUUUGGUUAUUGUGUACAUGAGGAGAAUCAGAUUAUUGGAGCUCAAAUUCAAACAGAUCAAAAGGAAAAGAGUCCUCCUGACGAGACAGAAGGAGGUUCUCCUGUUUCUGUCGUGGUGGUUGGGAAGGAAGCUGAGGAAACCUGUGCUUCAGAAGUUGGGGUUUCUCUGCUUACUGAGAAUGAGAUAACAAGCUGUUUGGGUAUAGAUUCAGAUACUUCUCUUGGCAGCUCUAGGAGCCAAAUUGUGGGAGCCAAUGUUUCUGAACCAGUGGUUUCACUUCAUGUUGAGAAUCCGGUGUUGGAUGGUCCUGUUGUAGAGUUGGGCACUUCUUUUUGUGCAGAUGAAAAGGAAAUCAUGGAGACCCAUGUUGUGGAAGUUGGGUUUCCUUUGCUUAAUGAGAAUGAGGCAGUGGCUGGCCUAGUUGCAGAUAUGGGUAUUUAUCGUAGUGCAGAUGAAAAGCAGAUUGCGGGCACGGGUGAAAAGAAAAUAGUGGGGGAUGGCAUUUCUGAAGUGGGGGCUCUCUGUGAUGAGAAUCAGAUUAUGGAUAAUUCGAUUGUAGAUCUUGGGGUCGAUGAGGAGAACAUUGUGGGAACGCCUGUUCCUGACCUGGGAGUUUCUCUGAUUAGCGAGAAGCAUAUGACAUGUAGUUUGGUGGUAGAUUUGGGUCAUUAUCAUAGCAUUGAUGGAGAGAAAACUGUCGGAGCCCAUGGUUUUAAAGUUGGCCCUUUGCUUUGUGAGAAUCAUAUGGUGGGUAGCCUAGUUGUAGACUUGGGUGCUUCUCAUGGCACAGUUGAAAAUGGGAUUGCAGGAAAUGAGUUUGAAGGGGUGGGGUCUGAUGUGAAAUCUUCUGUAUUAGAAGAGCAUGAGGGCAAUGAUGUUAUGAAGGUGUGUACUGAUAAUUCGCCAUCAGCUCAGAAAACAGCAGAGAAGCGAACUGUGAAAUGUACAGCUGCAAGUCAUGGAACUGAUACUGUUCAAAAAGAGCACAGUGCCAGUUGCUACCUUCCCGAGGAAAAAGCUGAGUUUUCCUUUUAUGAUUUGGUCUGGGGUAAAGUGAGGAGCCAUCCUUGGUGGCCUGGACAGAUUUUUUAUCCCUCAGAUUCAUCGAAACAGGCAAUGAAACAUAAGAAGAAGGACAACUUUUUGGUGGCAUAUUUUGGGGAUCAAACAUUUUCUUGGUGUGAAGCAUCCCAGUUAAAGCCUUUCAAGAUGCACUUCCCGCAAAUGGUAAAGCAGAGCAAUUUGAAGGCUUUUGUUAAUGCUGUUGAUUGUGCCUUGGAUGAAGUUUCUAGGCGCGUAGAGCUGGGGCUCGCAUGCUCAUGCAUGGGUGAAGAACAAUAUGUCAACCUCAAGUGCCAGAUGAUCGAGAACACUGGGAUUCGGGAAGAAGCAAACAAUGCGGGUGGUGCUGACAUUUCUCCGUUUGAACCUGAUACGCUUAUUGAGUAUAUCAAGGAAUUAGCUCUGUUCCCAUCAGGAGGCGACGAACUCGAGCUCGUGAUAGCCAAGGCUCAAUUGACAGCCUUUUAUCGAUCAAAGGGCUUUUCAAAGCUGCCUGUAUUCCAUGUAUAUGGAGGGUUACUAGAGAACGGUGCCGACUUUUCACCUGCUGAUGGAAAACCUCUCAAAGGCACGGUCAAGUGUGGAAUCCCAGUUUCAGUAAACGAAGGGCAGGUGUUGGAUUUAGAUUCUGGACAGGGAAAUCUGAAAAGCCAGGACGGUUUGUCUCAUAAAUGGAAAUACAUUUGGGACGAUGGUUUUGAUCACAACAGAAAAAAGAGAAGCUUGGCUGAAUUGAUGUUUGGGAAGAAGGCUAUUAAUCUCGUAGAUGGUGACAGAGGUAGUGCUGAUGGAAAAGUUGGUGGUAAUUUGGCUUCACCUUCUUCUGCUAAGAAAUAUAAGGCCAUUGACUCAUUUUCUGAUGACUUGCUGCAAACUAGGGAAAAAAGGGCUUCCUCACUAAGUGCUGCUGGUACUGACUCCCUGCCUCUGAAAAAAUCUUUAAAGGUUGGGGGGCGCAAUUGUAGAAUUGCAAGCGAGCCAAGUGGGCCCUCUCAAAUCCAUAAGCACAGUGGAGAAAGGUUACAGAAGAAUGCAAUUAAGGUAGAACCAAGUGGACAUAAAGCUGUCCAUGUCAGUGUUUGUCUCCGCUCUCCUGAAGAGACCCAACACAGGUGGAUUGGAACUGACAAGGAGUAUUCCUCUCCUGAUGAGAUGCUAUCACAACUCUCCUUGAUGGCACGAGAUCCUAUGAAUGGUUACAGUUUCAUGUCAACGAUAGUUAGGUUCUUCACCAGUUUCCGGAAUCUGCUCUAUUGGAAUCUUUCUGGUUCUGAAAAGCACAAGAAACCACUGGAGAAAAAUAAAGGUAGCAAAACUGAUAAAGGAAAAUCAUCCAACUCUAAGCCCGGAACCUUUAAAUCCAAUAAUAUGAAGGAUAAAUAUGAAAAUGAUAGCAAAACCGAUGCAGGAAAAUCAUUCAACUCUGAGCAAAACGAUAUGAAGGAUACGUAUUGGACGGACAUUACUGUACUUAGCGGUCCUCAAGAAUCACCACCACACAAAAGCCACAAGAGAAAGGGAGAAUCCCAGUUGCAGAGCCCAAUGAAGAAGAAAAGGCCCGCAAGUGAAUCAUCAAAUUCUCUUGAACUGAGCCCAAAGUUGGAAUCCGAACAGAAACUGCUGGUUGAUGACGCAAAUCAUGAAUAUGCAGCAAAAAACCAAGGGGGCAACUUGGAUGACAAUUGUGAGGAGGAUUGCUCCCCUACGGCACUGAUUUUGAAUUUUACUGAAGCCGAUUCUCUUCCUUCCGGAACGGAUCUAAGCAAGAUAUUCAACCGAUUUGGGUGUCUAAAAGAAUCAGAAACAGAAGUAGUGAGAAAGACCCGUCGUGCAAGGGUAGUCUUUAAAAGGCGUGCUGAUGCAGAAGCAGCUUUCAGCAGUGCUGGUAAAUUCAGCAUUUUCGGACCGGCACUCGUUAGUUACCGGCUCAGGUAUUUGCCUUCAACACCGAAAGCUACCCACCAUGCCACAACACGGACAGAAAGAUGCUAAGUUCAAAUGGCGACAACUUAACGUUUCCACUGCUUGGAAAGGACAGCACUUUGUGAGGUCCCAGUUGGGGUUGAAGUUUAGCAAUGGAUGCAUCGCGAAAUUUUGAAAUUAGCUGCCUAGAUUGGUCAAAUGAAUGGGUCAUGAAGGCAAGAUUAAAGCAUGCAUCUCGUAGUUGGAAUCUAUGUUUUGGCAUAGAGCUUUCUUGGCCUGUAUGCAUGUGCAAUGAAACUCAUAUGCACACCUCACAUGUCACCAUGGCAUGAUAGGUCCAAGAUCCAAUGCACCCAUCAGAACGGCACCACCAUAUUGUUGCCCUAGCCCACGUAUCAGGUUUAUCCACAGGUAAGGUGGGUCACACUUAGCAAAAUAUAUGUAUAUUCUGAGAAAACGGGGGGGAAGUUUUCUAAUCCAUCCACCUGUUUCCAAUACUGGGGCCAACAUGCUGAGGACCAGCUUUAUUUUUGGGAAAACGUGUACAUGUACGGACCAACGCGAUGGAUUGGAUGUCACAGCUAUGUGCCAUGCUGGCACACAAGUGGUGUGUAGAUGAGCUUUCUUGUGCAUGUGUGUGCACUUAGAGAAGCUGUUUAGCGUAAUGUCACAUUGAUGUACAUCUAGAUCUAUUAUGCUGGGCAUCGAGAUCAUGUUGGAUUGCAUGAUUUUGGUUGUCUAUAGUUUGGAGCAUGUCAGUGGCUCCCAAAUGGUUUCAGAUUGGGAUGGUAUGUGAUUGGUGUGUUCCUCUGCUCAA